UACAUAAUAUACAUUCAAUGAUUAGUUUUAGGGUAAAGAUCAAUCCACACCAGGAAUUGGAAUAAACCCAAUUUAUAAUCCUCUAAUUAAAGCCUAAGCUAAGAUCAAUAUUGAAUAGUAAAACAGCAUGUGGGCCUUGUGACGAGAAAGCCCGAAGAAUGAUAUCCCAUUGAGCCCUAAAAUCCGGGAUCCAAACCAGACAAAGCUAUUCUUUUUUGUCUGUCUGAUUGUCUCUCCGUACUCCGUAGUUAAAACUUUGUCAACUUGACAGAGGGGUUUUACACGCGCUGUUCUGCUCUGCCUCUGAAGGAAAGGGGAAUGGCUUCUUCAAUGGCGAUUAAAACCCUGUCAAGGUCACCCUUGAGUUGUUCUCCUUUCAGAAAACCUUUUUCUUCGCUUCUACGACUCGUGUCCUACUCGACGAAGUCGGACGACGAUGCCAUUCCUACAGCAGGAAUCAGCAGACCGCUUUCCGACAUUCUCAAAGAACUCAAUAAAAAAGUCCCAGAUUCCCUCGUCAAGCUCCGCAUUGAAGCUGGCUUCAAUAUCAAAUAUAUCCCCUGGCAUAUUGUGAAUCGGAUUAUGAACCUGCAUGCUCCAGAGUGGUCUGGUGAGGUUCGCAACAUUACUUAUUCUGCUGAUGGAAAGUCUGUAUCAGUUGUCUACCGUGUAACACUCUAUGGGACUGAUGCUGAGAUAUAUCGAGAGUCUACAGGGACUGCUUCAGUUGAUGAUCCCGGCUAUGGAGAUCCUGUACAAAAGGCUGAGGCCAUGGCAUUUCGGCGAGCUUGUGCACGCUUUGGGCUAGGGCUUCAUCUUUAUCAUGAGGACUUGUUGUAGAUAGCUGAAGAACUGUGCUUUUUUCGUUAGGAAAAAAAAGGAAAAAGCUCAAGGGCUCGACAUCCUUUGAUAGUUUUGGUCAUAAACUGUCUUUUUCAUCAAGCAACAUGAUGUUGCCUAUAAUUAUGUCCUUUUGAGAGUAGAAGUGAAACAGAUGUUGGUAAUGAAAAAACACUUCCUAUAUAUAACCGGGUCGUUUGAGAAUUUACCACAAUCUGGGUUUAGCUUGGCAUGUAAUGUAAGCUACUGUUGAUGCAUUUUUGAAGCCUGUUUGUGGUGAAAUUCCUUAUUCUUAGUAUUUGUGGUUUGCUAUGUGUAAAGAUGGGCCUUGGGGAAACUCGGCGCAAUUUCUCCCAGUGAAAGAGAAUUGCGUUUGUGAUAAACAAAAUGGCAGUCCGCCGCUUAUUAUUUAUCAGUUCAUCGGGUUCAACUGCUUGCCAUUGGUUUAUAGACUAGGUCAUUCUGGAGUGAAA